CAUUUCGAAAUUGCAGCAUGGAGGGCAGCGUGGCCAUGGACCCCCGGUACCUGCGGCAGCCAGGAUCACGAGCCGAGCGACAAGUGCUACAUGGCGAUGGUCGAUAUGCACGCGAUGGACUUCCUUCCACGGGCCUCUUCUCACCGCUGACACAGCUUCACUCGGCCUUCCACAAGCGCCAUGAGACCCGUCGCCGGCCCGAGUCCAACCCGAUGGCCAUGGCUUACAACCGCGCGAUGCAGAACCGCCGAGCCAUCCAGCUGCCACCGCGGCCUUUCUCCUUUCGCCAGCGCCAAGGCAAGCUCGACACGCGGACCAUCGCCCAAAUCGACCUGAACAAGGUCGUGCGGGAGACCGACAUUGACACAAUUCAGAACCACUUGGAGAACCUGGCUUUCUCGGACGUGACGCUCCAGGACGUCAAUCAGUAUUCGGACGAGUACUUUCUCAAGCUCUUCCAAGUCGCGCAGCUGACCGUCGAGUACCUCUUGAACGUCCAAGAGUCACUGGUGCUGCACACGGAGGACCUCGAGACGCAGUGUGACCACGUCGCAGCCGACUGCAAGACGCUCGAGGCCGAGAAUCAAAAGUUCGAUGCUGAAGUGAAGUUGCUCAAGCAAGAAAUCCAACAAAAGCAGAAUACGAUUGCGACCUUUGAAAUGAUGCUCCUCACGCAGCAACGCAGCGCAUCCGUGCCCUCGACGUCGCCAGCAUCCGCGCCCGUCGACUGCGUGUUCUGCAACAAGAAGUUUCUCUCGACCGAGUACCUCGUGAAGCACCAAAAGAAAAACACUUUGACGACUACAGCAAACUCAAAGCGACCAAGCCGGUGCGGACCUCCGCCCGUACAAGCACCGCCGCCCGUACAAGCACCGCCGCCCGUACAAGCACCGCCGCCCGUGCAAGCACCGCCGCCGAUCGAGACGCCGCCGCCGAUGGUGGUCGAGCCAGCCAAGCCCACCGUGCCCGAUGUCAGCAUGGUGUCGGCGCUGGUGGCCGCCAACACGACGGCGCUCACCAAGCAGCUCGAGACGCUGCAGGCGCAGCUCCUUCAGGACAAGUCGGAGCGCGCGAAAGAGACGCAGCUCCUCCAGCAGCAACAACACACUUUUGCACAGAGCAUCGUCGAGCAAAUGGCGCGCAUGCAGCAAGCGCUGCAGGACAUGCAGGCCAAGACGCAGUCCGAGUGGAUGCACUUUACCGAGGAAAUUCUCAAGGCCAAGCCGCGGGCCGCCGACCACAUUGGUCACGUCGUGCAAGACACGGACGAGAAGCUCACGCGCGAGAUGGUGCAAGACCUCAUGAAGCAGCGAGAGAAGGAGCUCGAGCGGCGCCUUCAGCUCGAGGCCGAGCAGCGCGAGUGGGCGGCCCGCGAGCUCCAGCUGCAAAAGCAACUCCUCGACGAAAAGCAAAAGCAAACGACCAACGAGCUCACGCUCACGCACUUGAUGGCGCUCGAAGCGCAAAAGUACGGUCUCGACUACGGACUCCCGCCUUCCGCAGCACCCACCGUCGUGGUCGUCGAGCGAGAUCCGGCACCGGCACCACCAGUUGUGGUCGCGGAAGAGCCCAAGCAAGCACCACCACCGCGUCUAGUGCGGCAACCGUCGAUCCGAGUGCCUGAAGUCGUCCCGAGUCCGGUACUAACAACGGCAGCACCGCCAAAACCUAUGGUUGUGGAAGCACCGCCGCCCACACCGGCCCCCGCACCGGUGGCUGCGACACCACCGCCUGUUGAAAUCGAGACGCCGCCAGCGGAAAAAGAAGCACCACCAACGCCUGAAGUACGAGAACCGGUGUCAGCGCCAAGCGAAGAUACGCAGUUGCGUCGUCUACAUGCUGCGGCAACGACCAUCCGUCGAGUGACCAUGGGCUUCCUCACGCGGUCACGCCUCGCGCAUCCACACAGCUGGCAUCUCCGCCUGCAAGGCCACGAUGUGACAGUGCCCGUGACGCCCAACACCACAGCACUCGACGUGCGCCGCGUCAUCGCCUCGGAGCUCGGCAACAUUGACCUCCAUCGCGUGUUGCUGCACGACGUCCACUCUGGCGACGAGUUGCCCGGGUCCUUCUUGGUGUUUGAGACCAACGGGCACUUGGAGAUUGAAAUCAUUCCUGCCAUUCACGACGAUGCGCACCACUUUGCGGUCAUUGACGAGCUCGUGCACGACUUGGCCACGCAGAAGGGCCAGAUUCAAAGCUUGCGCACGGAUACGCUGCCAGCGCACGUGCGACCCGAGAGUGCAACCGUGCUGUCAGCGCUCGUACGGCUUCAAAGCGCUGCUCGGGGCAUGCUUGCUCGGCGCGAAGCAUCGUCGCGGCGCAUUGACCGCCUCGUCGACGCGCGGCUCGCGCAACUGCAAGCGCCGCAGGUGGUCAUUGCCCACAAGCCGACGCUCGCCGAGGUGCACAGGCGCAAGGUCACGGACGCGCUCCACGCCAAGCUCGUCGCCUUCCAAGUCGGCAAGUCGACAGACCGGAUUCCGAGGCAGCUCUCGAAAGACGCGUACGAAGCGUCCAUGAAGCAGCUCACGGCGGCGCGCGAGGCGCAGCCACCCGAGGUCCAAGCGCGCAUCGCCGGUCUUCUCAGCAUGAUCCACGACGUGAGUGUCUCGCAGUACGAUGCCGCGGCCGCCAAAGAGAAGGAAGCGACGGCGAAGGCCGCGACGUCCAUUCAGUCGGUUGCGCGCGCGGCCCUCGCGCGCAAAAUGCUGCAAGAAAUGCUGGCAAAGCAUCGGCCAAACGAAGAGCUUGACGCCGAGGCAUCAUUGACCACCAGGGGCGAGGCUACAAACGAUGCCAAGGCGACUGCCAAACCCACGGAUGACGACGACGAGGCCAAGCCGAGCGCCGAGCCGAUACAAGCACCUGUCGACGAUGCGCCCAAGACAAGACCGAGCUCGGUCAACGAAGAUGAUGGUGCGAUGACCAUUGACGAGUUCAACGACGACGAUGCAAAGCCCGCGCCGGCGACGACGGCAGCCCUUGAAAAAGCCGUGCUGCAGGACGAGUACGACGAAGAGCGCACCAAGCUCGCGGCGCUCAAGGAGGCGAGUGCGCGUGUGAUAUCGCCCUUCUCGCGCGCGCCGCUGCAGUCGAUGCGGAGCGCCAAGCGCGGCUCGAGCUCCCAGAACGCACGGUAGUAGCCAUCGGCAAGGAUUGGAUCUUGUUAGAUAAUCAUCAACUACACUA